AUGACUAGGAGUGAUCCCAUCCGAUUCCUCCUCACUAGAUUAGCUCUGUUCGACAGGCUAGCUCGCCAGCUUCUCUUGUUAGUAGAAUAUGAUAUCACCUAUAAAGCCCCCAAGGCCAUUAAGAGUCAAGUGCUAGCCGACCUCUUGGCUCACUUCCCGAACGGAGAACAUGAGCUAUCCUCGGAUAAAUUGCUAGGAGAUGAGUUCCAAGCCGCUGAAGUAAACACUGAAGGAGAAUGGAGUUUGAGCUUCGAUGGAUCAUCCACUUCCAAAGGGGGAGUAAUUGGAAUAGUCCUUACUUCCCUAAACCAAACCGAAGUCAAUUUGUCAUAUAAACUGGAUUUUAGAUGCUCUAACAAUGAGAUAGAGUAUGAAGCCUUGGUACUAGGGAUUAUGGCGGCACUCCAUCUAGGAGUAAGUUUCUUAUGUAUCAAAGGCGACUCUAGUCUGGUAGUCAAAGAGACCAAUAGAGACUAUGCUAUCAAAGAGCCUCCUCUAGCUUUAUAUAGAACCAUCGUCCAAAGGUUGACAGACAAAUUCGACAUGGUAAGGAUAGAACACGCUCUUCGCUUCAACAAUCGACACCCGGACGCCCUCGCUACCUUGGCCUCUAAGGUAGAAUUCUCAGAAGAAUCAACCAAGAUAGAAGCCCUGAAAUGCUCCGUGCUGUGCUCAGUAACUACUAUCUUCCCUAAAAAAGAACCCAUCGACUGGAGAGCCCCGAUCAUCGACAAGCUCCAUGCCCUUUCAGGUAAAUUACCUUUGAGCGAGACCAAACACUUCAGAAUUUACUAA